UUAGUGAUAUUUAUCAUCAUGUAGUUGAUUUUAUAUUAAAAAAGACAUUGAUAAAUAUUAAAUAUUAAAUAAAGAAAUUCUCUGGAAUUAAAUUUCUAGGAACUUAUGAAUUUUCGAUUUUUCCCGUCAUCCAAAAAUUGACGUAUACAUAACCUAAAACAGUAUUUUGAUUUUGUGUAGAAUUCAGAAGUGUAGCGAUUAAUCUAUUUGUAAUUUAAAUAGAUCAUUUGUAUUACAGCAUUUGUGUCUACAUACGCAGUUUUUGUGGACUUUGUGAUAACAAGUCAAACAUAAACAAAGUGAAACAUGAUUCCUUUAAGACUUUUUCUUUGUUCUGUUUUAUUUAAUUUUUUAUUGACUGUGCACUGUUAUAACAAGUAUUCCAAAGAUGCAAAUGUGGAAAAGAAUCAAAAGGAAAACCAGAACCCGGACUUUCGUCCUGUAUCUCUUAAACAUUUAGACAGGCCUUUCCGAAUGGCGAAAUUAAACCUGCUUUGGUCAAAAGCAGUGGUCCGAUUGUCCGAACCCAAGCUUAAAUCACUAUUCGGUGAACUCAAACUGCACGACAAAGAAGAAAUAACUUGGAAACAUUUACGGGCGGAAGGAAAGGACAAGGACGGUCUAAAGGAAGCGGAUCUACGUAAAAAACUAAUAGCCAUCAUGGGUAAUUAUAAUCUACUAGACCAAGUCGAUGACGUGUCUGAUCCGGACAAAGCAAGGCCUUUCAAAGCACUAAACGAGGCAUCUGACAAGCACAUAAAUAAAAGCUUGUUCAAGGAUAAAAAGCUAAACAAACUGUGGGAGAAAGCAGAAACGGCCGGUUUUACUCAAGAGGAACUGCUUGCGCUCAAGGAAGAGUUCGGACACCACCAGGAUAAAAUCGAUCAGUAUUAUUAUUUGCUGCAUGAUGUGAAAGAUAAUCCGGAGGAUGCAGAAGGAAAUUCGAUAGAUGACGCUUUGGACAAGUACAACAAAAUCGACCUCGUAGAAGAGAAAGACCCCAACAAAGACUACCUGGACAAAGUGAACCUCCUGCGUGAGAAACACAAAGAAAUCCGCGACGGUUACGACCACCUGUACCUUUUGUCCGCGAAGGGGCCCGCCAGUAAGGAGUUCGUCGAACCGAAAGUGCAAGGUUUAUGGAAAAUAGCCCUGGAAAGUAAUUUCACUCCAAGCGAGCUGGAAUCUUUGAGGGUGGAACUGCUUCAUUACGAGAACCGUUUGCUCAAGCUGCGUCACUUGCAAGCCGAACACGCUUUGCACGAGGAAAAGUACAAGGACAAACAGAAAAUGAAUAUUGCCGGCGGUAAAUCCGAUUCGGCCACGUUGAUGCACGAUACUAUUAAGAAACAAGCCAGGAAGGUGGAGAAAAUCCAUUUGGACAUCGAAACUAGGAUUAUGCAAAAGCAUAUCGAAUUGUAAUUCUCAUAGAGGCCAAAAAAUCUCAAAUUUAAAUGUAGUGUUACGAUGUAGUAUAAAUGCAUGCGAGUUGAAUGUUUUGAUUUUUUUGUUGAUGGAAGGUUAACACUGCUUAUUUUUAAUAUUUGUAAAUAAAUUUUAUUUAAUUAACAAAA